UUCCCCCCCCCCCCGGAAUACCUGGAGAAGGGCAAGAAUAUGCAAAAUGUUAUUUUCCUGUAGAUUCUCUUUUUCUUGAAGAUUCAGGUCUCUAUAACCUUCUGAAAUGCAACUAGAGUUAGUGGUGUAAUUUGCAUUUGAGUGUUACUUGGACCAUCCUGAAGUUGAUGUCUGGACUAUUGGAGGUGGUGUGUCAUUCUGUACAUCAGCUAAAUCAAGUGUAGUUGGGGGGGGGGAAUUAAAUGCAAGAUGCACCUACAUGAAUGUUGAAUUCAUGCUGGAGUGGGGAAUGCAGCAAUGGGUCUCAGCACAUAAAUUGAAUUGUAUGUGUACACAAGAUGAAGUUAUUAAAAUUUGAUUUCUUUUCUCAUAAUAUUAAGGUUGUACAGUACAUGAUAUUUUGGAAAUAAAACUAUUUUCAAUGGAAGAGAGUUUACUUCUGAGUAAGAACAUAUAGCAGCUCUUUAUAGUUACUAAUAAAUGCUAUAUUCAGCAAGGUUUUUCAGUCCUGAUCCAUCAUUAAUAUUACUGUGUUUUAUUUACUUUAAAGUAUCCAGCCUUGAACAUUUCUGGAAGCCAUAACUUUCUUUUUAAACUUCUUUCCACAAAAUGUCAGAGUUAAUACUUAACAGUUCUUUUACUUUUUUUCCAAUUCUUCAAAUAAUCUGGGGCCAUAUUUCAUCUGGGAUUGGGAUCUGGUAAAAUAUUGUAUAAACAACUUGCUCCCACCCCCACCCCACCUGCUAUAACAACUUCUGCUAAACAUCACUAAAGAUGACAAAUGGAUUGAUACUAGUCAGGAUGUAGAUUGUAGAAGUACCUAAAAGAUUUGCAAUUUAGCUAAGCAAAGAUAAGUAGGGAUAGCGAAAAUGUUGGAGGCAGCAAAGGAAGGAGUAAAGAAAGGUUUACAAAAACAGACUGGAAUUGUUUGCAAGAAGAUAAUUCCCCAGUACAGGCUCUGUUCCUAAACUCUCUCAUGCUUCAAAAGUUGCAAGCCUUGUUCAACCAAAGAUGGGAAGGACAUUGGGACUCUCUGCUCAGCUUUGAUCUUUCCCUUUGCCUGGUUCCUGCGAGGGUCUCUGAGCCAGGCCCGUUUUGGUUCUUGAGAUGUUUGGCUUGCAAUGUUUUUUGUUUUGUUUUUUUAAAGAAAAAUUUGUAUACAAUGUAAAGCGUGAGCCUGCGGCUUUCCUUCUCUGGCUUCAUUAAAGUUGCUCUUGCAAGUUGAGAAAAAACAAAAAAACAAAAACCAGUACUAUUAGGAUAUGGAGAAUCAUACCUCUUUCAAGAUUGUGACAAUCCCGUUAUCAUCUCUUUCCAUCCUUGGGCGGAGAAAUAUGUCUUCAGAAAAACAGAAAAAGUUAGGAAAUAUUGAAAUGAGGAUCUCCUGGCAGGAGGGAUGAGGAAAAAGAUCAAAAGAUAAUUUCCUAGUGUGAUCCUGUCCAAGAUUCUUUGGUUCAUAUCAGUGAGGCUUUGCCUCAGUUCUACGUUUGCUCUAUAUAAAAUGUGAUCUUUAUAAAUGCAUACAUGCCUAUGGAUUUGUGAACUGAUACAGUUAGAAUAGAAUAGGAGAUACAGGUACAGAAUCACAAGUAUAUUUAUUUAUUCUCCUCUUGAUCAGAAUUAAUGACUUUUUAAAAAAAAAUAUAUACUGGACUUGAUUAGAUGAACAAAGUUUACAUUUUUUGCUUGUAUGAUUUUGAUUAUUUUUGAAUAUUUCAUGCAGACACUGGGUCAGACUCAUAGUUUGGGUCAGACUCAUACAAAAUUCUGCUUAGCAAUGCUGUGAAUUAAACUCAAUGUUUUGGGCAUUCAAACUACGGUAUGUGCUCUACCACAGAAUAAUGGCCCUCCUUCUCUUUAGUUUUCAGAAUAUGGUAAAAGCUGCCAAACAAUUCAAUAUUUGGCCCAAUCUUCUGCACGUUCCAUGGUAGUUGUGGGCCUCUCUGGUCAGAUGAGCCAGGCUGAAAAAAUUCUUUGGAGCAGUUGAUGAGGAACAAACAAGGAUGAAGUUACCAGAUCAAAUGGCAUAAAUAAUGGAGCUUUUAGAGCUCUGGUGUCUAUUCUGUGGAAUUCUAAUCUGGUGGGCUGAAUGAUGUUGAACUCUUCCAAAGAAAGGUCCCAUUAUAGAGUGUCUGGUUUUCACAAGACAAAACAACACAAACGGUUAAAAGCCCUCAAUUUUUGCUGUUCAUCAACUGAUUUGGAGAAUAAAAGUCUGAUUUUUGGAAUAAACCUUCACCGUUGCUUGCCAAAUCAAACUAUGAUAAAUGUUUUACGGAAGAGCUGAAACCUUUCAAACGACACCCAAGCCCCAGCAUUGACGCAAGAGAAGCUAGUUGAGCAUUGCAAGAUGACAGACGAGCCUAUUAAAGAGAUCUUGGGAAGUUCCAAGUGUCCUCAGUGUGUAACACAGGAGAAAAGCAACAACAAUGACUACAGGGUAAUAGCGGUCCCUUUGGUGAGCGAAUGCCAACUGACGGCUGCGACAGGGGGAGCUGAACUCUCCUGCUACCGCUGUACAAUCCCAUUUGGGGUGGUGAUCCUCAUUGCUGGAGUGGUGGUCACUGCGGUGGCAUAUAGCUUCAACUCCCAUGGAUCCAUCAUCUCCGUGUUCGGUUUGAUUCUCUUGUCAUCUGGACUCUUUUUGCUGGUGUCAAGUGCAUUAUGCUGGAAAAUCCGCCAGCACCACAAGAAGACCAAGAGGCGUGAAAGCCAGACAGUUCUAGUGGCUAACCAGAGGAACCUGUUUGCUUAAGAACUACAUUAAAAAAAACACACAACCUCUAAAAAAAAGACAGCGAGAAUGCAAUGGGUCACAGAGUGCACAAAUCUAUUUAUUUUCAUUUGGGCUACACGAUGUCUUUUAUUAAUGACUGUUUGGAUUUAUCAACGUUAAGUAAAUAGUUCUUGCAAAAUCAGGAAUAAUUGGUAUCCGUUUUAUCAUAAACAUAUUUCAAGGUGAAUUAGGUUUAGUAGUUUCUUCCUUCCAUUUAGUCUCCUAUCGGCAUUUACCCCUCUCUCCAUUUAUAUUAUAAACUUAAAAGCAUGACAAGCUGAGGUGAGAAAACCUAUUACAGUCAAAGAUAGCAGUAAGCAAUUGAUAAUGUAUAUAUGCCUAUAAGAACAAGGUAAUUCUUUGUUAACAGCUAUCUCUUUUCAUAGAAUUAUUUGUUUCCAGUAAAUAUAUAUAUAUAUAUUUACUGGAAUAUAUAUAUAUAUUUACUGGAAUAUAUAUAUGUAACAAGAGCUUAGCUUGAAUUACUUUCCUGAGAAGCAACUUUGAAAGCAAUUGGGAAGAGGAGCCUGUGAAUAAUUCUAUUAUGGCUAAUAGUUGCAAAUAAAUCUGUGUCACUAUAGUGGUAAAUAAUUCUAUAUUUUUCUGUCCUACAAUAGACAGGGAAGCACCUAAAUUUUAGCUGUUUUUCUACUCCAGAUUUCCCUCGAAAAAAUCAGCGUCUACCUGUUGUUUACCUUGGUGUGGAACAAAGAGGUCCUGCUGCCUCAGUACCAUCUCCCAAAUUGAAAAUAGCAAUUUCAUUGCAUGCUUCAUUGAUUAGCAUGUUUGCUUGAUUUACAAAGAGCUGCAAAUAAAGCAAUUCCCUUUUUCCUUCUACCCCCAUUUGGAAAACCCAUCUUGAUAUGUUAUUUGCCUCCCCAUCCUUAUGCUUUGCCUCUGCUUACUGCCCUCCUCCUCAGCUCCGUCUUUUGCACCAAAGAUCUUUGUUGUUGUACUCCAAGCUAUUCUGAAUGCUUGGAUAAUGUUGGAAACAGGAAAUGUCAGGAAAAUUGAGAAGACGAUCAGAAAACACCCAAAAGCCUGCUCAUGGCUUUCUCCUCCAAUUUUGGGGCAUUACGUUUUCAAUAGAUGUAAAGUUCACAUAUCAACUUAUUUCAUCAACUUAUUUUUUUAAGGCCUACAGUAGCUGCAUUAGUGAAUUCUCAGAUCACUUCUCUACCCUUGUUUUGCUCCUAAGAAAUUUAUGGUACUUUUUCAAGAGAAAUAUUGAACUUUUUAAAAUUUUGGGUGCUCAGGGGAGGGGGAUUAAUACUUAAGACACAAGUUAAUCUCGAUGCUUAUUAGCCCAAAGUGAACAAAAUAUCUGUAUAGCUGAAAGUGACUUUUUUCUAUAAAUUUCAUUAUUAUAAUGCUCUCAUACUUAGCACUUUGGGGUGGUUUUGAUAUUUUUUUAAUGAACCCUUCAUUUUAAAAAUAAUAAACAAUUUCUGCUGCUAGAGCUUCACAAGGUUUAGUUAUUUCCAUUCUGAUCUGGUAUAGGUAAUCCUCAGCUUACGACCACAAUUUUGCACAAAAUUUAUGUUGCCAAGUGAGAAAUUUGUUAAGGGAGUUUUCACCCAUUUUGUGACUUUUCUUGUUACAUUUGUUAACUGAAUCACUGUAGUUGUUAAAUUAGUAAUACAGUUGUUAAGUGAAUAUUGUUUUCCCGUUGACUUUGCUUGUCAGAAGGUUGCAAAAGGUGACCAUAUGACCUGGGAUACUGCAACUGCCAUAAAUGUGAGUCAGACGUCAAACAUCCGAAUAUCAAUCACAUGACCAUGGGGAUGCUGCAGUGGUCAUAAGUGUGAAAAAUGGUCAUAAGUCACUUUUUUUCAGUGCUGUUGUCAACUUCAAAUGGUCACUAAAUGAACUGUUGUAAGUCGAGGACUACCUGUACUGACCCAUCCCAGAAGACCAGUCUGGAUAUGAGUGAUACGAAUGCACAGCCAGAGAUAGCUUCAAUGUAUUUUGUUCAUCCCUGCCUCACUGAAAUUCUAAGGAACACGUGAAACUAGACAGGAAGAACGUUAAACUAUGCAGAUGGAACUUUUAUCCAGUCUCUGAAAGCUUGUACUGAUUAUUAAUACUGAUUAUUAAGUGCAGUUGAACCUCUAAAAGUUUGCUAAUGUUGAACUUUCUCUUCUGCAUCUUUAUUUAAGAAAUGUAUGGGGCAACGUAUGCAAAAUUUAUGUUAAAAACUUAAAAUACAAUAAAAGAUCCUAUGAACCAAG